GGCGGUGCUUCCGGUCGGGACACCACCGGGGGGCGGGGCGUGAAUCGCGACCCUGGCCUGGGUCUGACCUGGACCCCGACCCCGACACCCGACUGCGACCCUGACGGCAACUUCUACUCCAGUCCACCCGCAUGGCCCGGCACGUGUUCCUGACGGGGCCCCCAGGAGUCGGAAAAACAACGUUGAUCCAGAAAGCCAGUGAGGUUUUAAAGUCCUCUGGUGUGCCCGUUGAUGGAUUUUAUACAGAAGAGGUCAGACAGGGAGGGAGAAGAAUAGGAUUUGAUGUCGUCACGUUGUCCGGCACUCGGGGGCCUUUAUCUAGAGUUGGAUUAGACCCUCCACCUGGAAAACGCGAAUGCCGAGUUGGGCAGUAUGUGGUUGAUGUGAGUUCGUUUGAGCAAUUGGUGCUUCUCGUCUUGAAGAAUGCAGGUUCCAGCGGUAGUCCCGGGCAGAGAGUGUGUGUCAUCGAUGAGAUUGGGAAAAUGGAGCUCUUCAGUCAGCCUUUCAUCCAGGCUGUUCGUCAGACACUGUCCACCCCUGGGACUGUAAUUCUUGGCACAAUCCCAGUCCCUAAAGGAAAACCACUGGCCCUUGUGGAAGAAAUAAGAAACAGAAGUGACGUGAAGGUGUUUAAUGUCACCAAGGAAAACAGAAGCCACCUCCUGCCGGAUAUUGUGACGAGUGUGCAGAGCAUCAGGAGGUGAAGACUGUGUGCGUCCUUGCUUUCUGGAGAAGCGCCCCGGUUCGAGAGGAGCCUGCCCAGGCUUCAUGCCUUUGGGGUUGUGAAACCUUGUGGGCUUUUCCAGAGAAAGCUUGACAGCUGUUUUCCAUAAAAUGUUUAAAGAUCAAACUGGCCUUAAUGUUGGAUUGACUGUGCAAGAUUAACAAUCUGUUGUGGGUUAUUUAUACUUAAAGAUUUCUGUUUAUUUCCUCUUGCAGUCUUGCACAUGAUUUGGGUAAAUGAUGAGAUGAGAAAUGGUUUUCAGGGUAUCAGAAGGAAUUUGCCCCCAUCGAAGUUUGUAAAUGUGCUCAGGGGCGGGGGAGAAAGGAGCUCAGCACCUAAUCAAUUUUGCAUGUCAUGAAAACCGAAUUCCUCUCCAGGCGCAGCUUCAGCCUCAUGCAACUUGAAGUGAUAAGUUAUUUGAUUUUUAAAAAUUGUUAUUUCAGAAGAAAACCAUUUUAGUUCCUCCCCCCCAAUCUCUUAUUAUUUGCUUAUUGCUAAUAAAUAUAUAGAAAUUCUGAUGGUUACAGACA